AUGUUCUCUUCCGCUCGGGUACGUGUGGCCUUGGUCACCUUGAAGCUUGUGAGCGCUGCGGCCGGGAACGCGCUGUUCUAUGGCUCCGAGGGUGAGACAUCCGACGAGUGCGCGGAGCCGAGUACUCUCCUCUCGCAGGUUGUGCAGCAGACCACCGUCGGUUUUGUUUCGGCAUGCAUGGGCGACGUGGUAGUUCUUUUCUUCUUCCUCAUGCAGAAGAAGCGGGUCACUCGCCAGGCGUCAAUCAGCAUGACGCGGAGAUUGUGGCUGUGCCGGACCGUGCUCUUUUGGGUUCUGUGGUUCCUCUACAUGAUGAUCUUGACGCUCUACGUGAUGCUUUUCCUGGCAAACUUUGGGACGGUGGAUUCCGAGAGGUGGAUGCACGCAACGCUUGUGAGCUUGAUGCAGGAGACCUGCUGUUGA